AUGCCACUCGGGAACCUGCAUGGACCCCACAUAAGCCCAGGGACCGAGGCGUGGCUAGAUUCUUCAGAAAAUGUAUCAGUUAUAUUUACUGAAACUGCAAAAUGGAUUGGAGUGGAUACGGUCAGCGUUGAGGUCAUCACCACUGCUGGUGUGACAACAACAGCGACUGCACCAUUUGCCAUUAUCACGGCCACGGAGACCUCAGGGAAUACCAAUCCUGGUGAUGUCAGUUUCAUUUUAUCUCCAGAAGGCAAGGACAGACUCAACGCUCUUUUCGAAGAAGUGGCCGCCGCAUGCGCGAAUACGCGCGUCAAGCGGUCUGGUAGUUGCGAGUUAUCACAAUUAUCGCGUCCUGGAGCUGGAGGAGGUGUCCUGGAGUUUGAUAUUGACUUUGGGAUUGAUAUUCCCAUGUUCACCGCAGGAGAUGUUGCUGUCGCACUGCAGAGCGUACCGGCAGCCGUGGCCGUGGCUUUCAUUGCCUACGUGAUUGGGAACGGGAAAGUGCCAGACGCUGUUAAAAUUCCGGCGACAGACACCAUCAAGACGACCACGGCAGAAGCGACGUCAACAACCGAAGACGGUGACCUCGCACCCUAUGUGACCACUAACUACCCAGAAGUUCUCCCUACCGAAGCAGCUGAUUCGGAUGAGGCUUACGCCCUGGAUUCGUUUAUGCAAGUCUUCUUGCUAUCCUACUUUCCCACGCAGACUGAACUCACGGGUCUGCCAACUUUGACAAAGACCGCAUCAACAACCCCUGGUACCAUAAGCAUAUCGACUCCUGCUGGUAGCUCUUGUGCGAAGACCGCAACGAGCGAGCUCUGUACCAUUCCGCGAGAGCCUUGCGCCACUUCUGUAGGUUUUCGGAACUAA